AUGGCUGAGCACAGCCCCGCGACUUCUGGCCCCGCGCCUCUGCGAUCAGCCUUGAAGUCUGAUGGCGACGGCGACAGAACCCCUCCAGCCAGCGGUACCCUUAAAGCUGUGCAAAUUGCCGAACCAGUUCCUGAUUUCGAUGACGAGUCCCAAUCCAUCAAAACCUUUCGCGCAGGACCAAGCCGUCGGUUAAGUGGCAAGCCAGCAUCUGGCAAAUCUUCAAUUAGCGAAGGCUCGCCGGCUCUACGAACAGAUGACGAUUCUGCACCCUCUUCUAGCCAUCACCACUCCCAGAGGCACCACCAGUACUACGCUGAAAAGCUGCUGGCCCAAGUUGCCGACUGGUUAGAACAUGAAAAGAGAAAGAAGAAUGCCGCUGCCAAACCCAAAUCUCGUCGCAAGUCAAAGUCUCCUCCUGAUCAAGACCGUUCAACUCCCACAACUGCAGCUCGUGAAAGAUCUGACUCGGUCGACUCACAAUCCAGCGACGUGUCUUUCGAGAAACUCGAGCACAUCUUACAAGAUUCUUUAGCAUCGCUUGGUCUGAGCUCCAUUCCCCAGCAUCCUCCCAAGCUUUCCCGCCGGCGGCGUGCCAAUUCGAAACCCAGUCUAAAUCGCACAGCCUCGUCUGACACUGAUUAUGUGGAUGGCGAUGCUAUUGUGCCGAGCUGUGACGUUUGGUUGGACAAUUCCAAAACGAUGAGCUACACUGGCGGUGCCGCAAACGAGAGCGACUCUACAAGCCACCAGGCGGAGGAGAAUGAUCCUUGGCUCAUAUUUAAGAAUGACAUCAUUCGUAUUGCCCAUACUCUCAGGCUCAAAGGAUGGAGACGCAUCCCACUGAAUAGCGGUGACACCAUCACAGUUGAACGAUUGAGCGGGGCGUUGACUAACGCAGUUUAUGUUGUCACGCCUCCAAUGGAUCUUCCCGAAAUUGAGGGCAAAAAGAAUCCUCCUAAAUUGCUUCUCCGAGUAUACGGUCCUCAAGUGGAGCAUCUCAUUGACCGUGAAAAUGAGUUAAAGGUGCUCCAGCGUCUAGCACGAAAGAAGAUUGGUCCCCGGCUUCUAGGAACAUUCCAAAACGGCCGGUUUGAGCAGUUCUUCAACUCCAUCACCCUGACACCUGUUCACUUACGUGAACCGGAUACCUCGAAGCAAAUUGCCAAGCGAAUGAGGGAACUGCACGAUGGUAUUGAACUCCUUCCUCUUGAACGCGAUGGCGGCCCCGGGGUAUGGAAGAAUUGGGACCAGUGGGUGGAAAACGUAGCCAAGAUCAUGGCCUAUCUUGACAAGCAAUUGGAGACCACUUCCAUUCCCCCAGCAAAAUCUGACUCUGUCGUUCAUGCCUGGAAAGCAAAUGGCUUUGUGUGUGGAGCGCCGUGGGAGCAGUUCCUGGCCAUGGUGGUCAAGUACCGAACACAUUUGGUCAACUGCUACAAACCAAAGAAGAUAAUCAAGGAGCGAUUGGUUUUUGCGCACAAUGAUACUCAGUAUGGAAACAUUUUGCGCAUUAAACCAGAUGAUGAAAAGUCACCUCUGCUUCAGCCGGCCAAUAAACACAAGCAGUUGGUUGUUAUUGAUUUUGAAUAUGCUGGCGCCAAUCUUCCCGGCCUUGAGUUUGCCAAUCACUUUACGGAGUGGACGUAUAACUACCACGAUCCCGUCACUUCCCACGCCUGCAAUCACGAGAGAUACCCGACACCCGAAGAGCAACGACGCUUCAUCAAGUCCUAUGUUGACCAUCGUUCCCAAUUCGCUGCGGCUGGCUCGACUCCACGAGUCAAACCAGACAGUGGCCCACCUACUCCAUCUCUCAACCCUACCGCCUCAUCCAGCUCGAUCGUCGAUUUCAUGCUUGAUGCCCGCGUCCCUCCCGGUGGCUGGGGCGCUGCCGAGCGUGCGCGAGAGGAACAGAGCGAUUUACAUGUGCGCCAAUUACUGGAGGAGACCCGUCUCUGGAGACCUGCAUGCAGUGUCUUCUGGAUUGCAUGGGGCAUUGUACAAGCCAAGGUUCCAGGUUUGGAUGCCAACAAUGAGCCCGUAUCCGAAGAAGAGGCAGCAAAAGCCGAGCAAGAAUUGGGCCCUGAUGAAUUUGACUACUUGAGUUAUGCGCAGAACCGAGUUUUCUUCUUUUGGGGUGACUGCGUGCAGAUGGGAUUAGUCAAGCCCGAGGAAUUACCUGAGAAGUUGAGAUCAAAGUUGAAACUUAUUGACUAUUAG